CCUGACACAGACACAUCACGGUCAACGUCUACACGGCUGCUUCGCUUUGGACUUUUUCAGGAUUAUUUUUUUUAAAUGUUUACAGAAUACUGAGUGAAAGAACUCAUCAUGAGACAACACUUAAUUGAUCCAAGGGACUGAAGAGAAGAAAACGCAUUUUAAUCAAGAGAAGAUCCCAACGUCAUAAACGUUUUUUUACUACAGUUCACGCUUUAGUAUUUUGUGGAUUUUGUGAUUUUGGAAUCAGAAAGUCUUUGGUGUUUUGGAAAAUUUAACACGGUUUAGUCCUCAGUCACUAUCCCGUUUUUUUUCGAGUUACAACUUUAUUUGGGGAUGUUGAGCUCUGUGAAGAUGGAAUCUCAUGAAAUUCCGGAAUGGAAUGCUUUCUACAGUGAGGCAAGUGAGAUGUAUUCCACACAGACUGCCAUGAACUCAAUGAGCAGCUUGAACAGCUACAUAAAUCUGAACUCGGCCUGUUCCACAUCCAGCAUGAAUAUGGGCUACCCCGGCGCAGCUCUCAACAGCAGCCCAUUGACAAGCAUGGGUGGAGGCCCCAACCACAUGAGCCUGUCCCCGGUAGGGUCCUCUUUGAACCCCAGUUCUCUGUCCCAGUUGGGCUCGUCUGCCUCCUCUCUGGGUCCCCUUUCCCAUUACCAGAGCAUGGGUCAGCCUAUGUCCCAGAUCAGUUACCCAUCUCCAACCUCCCUUAACAGGACUAAGGAGGUGCCGAAGCCCUACCGUCGCUCUCUGACCCACGCCAAGCCCCCAUAUUCCUACAUAUCCCUCAUUACCAUGGCGAUUCAGCAGUCCGGCAGUAAGAUGCUAACGCUCAACGAAAUCUACCAGUGGAUCAUGGAUCUGUUCCCAUACUACCGCGAGAACCAACAGCGCUGGCAGAACUCCAUCCGCCACUCUCUGUCCUUCAACGACUGCUUUGUCAAAGUGGCCCGCUCGCCCGACAAGCCUGGCAAGGGGUCAUACUGGGCGCUGCAUCCCAAUUCCGGCAACAUGUUCGAGAACGGCUGCUACCUGCGUCGCCAGAAGCGCUUCAAGAUCGAGGAAAAGUUGGGAAAGAAGAGCACGAGCAAAUCCCAGGAAGGUGGCAGUACCAAGGGUGGGCACAGAGAUGAGGGAAUGCAGGAGGAGCACAGCCCUGCCACGGGCUCAGAAGGCGCCGACUCGGCCCAUUCCGACAGCUCCCAUGCUGGAUCAGCAUCAGAGGAGCAGCAGAGGAACAUGGUGCAGCUGGAUUGCCCAUCUCAGGCGCCUGGACUCUCUCACAGCUCGCCGGUGCCUAUCCAAACAUCCGUGACCUCUUCCAUGCCUCCCAGCUCUCACCUUCACUCUCAGGGCAUGUCCGGCAGUCCCCAUCUGUUGGCCAGCCCAAUGCAGCACCUGGAUCUGCAAAACGACCCGAUGAAGUCCAUGGAUCCCCAUUACAAUUUCAACCACCCUUUCUCCAUUACCAACCUCAUGUCCAAUGAGCAGAAGAUGGACCUCAAGUCGUAUCAGGACCAGGUGAUGGCUUACAACAGCUACGCGACGUCUCCUGUGGCCGCCAAACAGAUUUAUGACAAUGCGGGACCAUCCGCCAUGGACUCCGGUGCCUACUACCAGACCCUCUAUAGCAGGUCUGUCCUGAACGCGUCAUAAUGCAUCUCCCAAACAACUCUGCAGACUCUUGAGAAAUGCUUUUGGGCAAACCCUUUCUCAUUUCCUUUUCAGAGACAAAUUUAAUUCUGCUUUCUUGUUUUGUUGAGAUUGGUCAACUCUCAUAAAUAAAAACACAGGAGAUGUAUACAAAUGAUGCCAUGUGUAUAUACUGUUUGCAAACGUUCCGGGGAGCAGGAGUCAGGCAUUUAUUUAUGAAGGGAAGAAUUUAAUAUAUCUUUUAAUUUUGUGUUUUGAAGUUACAUGAAACAAUGUGAUUAUUAGAGGACGUAGGUAUGAUUGCGGCAUGUUUGAGUUCAGGUUACUGCUGUGUGCAGGUGUUACUGUGUUACAGGGAAACUAUCAUGUCUUGUGUUACAGCAAUAGUCAUGUUCAGCUUAAAUGCACUACACAAAGUGCACACUUUUUCCCUUGACGGAGAGUUGUAUACUUUGUGCUUGCUCCUUAGAGAAGCUGAAGAAAUUACUUUUUUUUAAUUUUAUGCCAUUAAUGAAGUCGUUUUGUAUAUGCUUAAUGGAGGUUUUGGUUAGGUAAAUAUAGACAUACAAUUUUGACAUAAACUGUGGUAAACCCUAUUUUUUGUUUCUUUUUAGAAAUAGGGUCAGUUGAAAAUCUUUUCAGUUUGCAUCAAUUCCACUGUCAAGUAUGCAAAGCUCAGCUUUAGCUGUUACUAAGAUCAGCAGACAAUGUACUUUGGGUCAUUUCCAUACAAUAGUUUGCACUAAUGACCCCUUAGUACAAGGGGUGAGAUCAUUUGGCAACAACAAUGCUUUUAGGCCAGAAAAUGAUGGAAAUUGUCAUGAGGUGUUAAGGUCUUAGAUGUAUCUUACCUCCUAAGAGAUUUAAAAGCAGAUUAAUUGAAAAUGCCUAGCCAUCACUUCAUAAACAAACUUCUUGCAAACCUUUAUCAUUUUGUAAGAAAGCAGGUCAGAAUUUAUGUUCUUGUACUGUUUAGUUGUAAAAAACAAUGUUUAUUUAAAGCCAGCUUUUUGAUGGUUGGUCUUAGAAUAUAAGUGUCUUGAUAUUAAUAUAUAUAUAUAUUGCUUUAUGUGGUUGAUUGUUUCAUGGUAUGUUCUUAAUGUUCUUUUCUUAUUAAAAAACAGAAAAACAAAUGA